AUGCACAAUGUACCCCCAUUAGAGAAAUACCAUGACCCACUCAAGUUUACGACACCGAUGACUCCAUACAUAAAAGGGACUAAUAUAAAAAUACAUGACCCAUUUCUCAUCACACCAGAUUACCGAGUGGAGGAACCAUUCUACCUGCCAAGAAAACCAAACCACUACUACAAUGAGGACCAUAGACCUUAUCGACUAUCACCCCAUUAUAUGGCCUCUUACAGAUGGAAUAGAGCGAAAGGAAAAGAUAACAUUCAUUACUUAGGUUGUUAUUGCACAACUGUAUACAAGCGCCUGACUCCACUCGCUGGAUGUGCAGUUAUUACUACACGCCAUAUUUUGACUACAGCGACAUCUACUCAUUUAAUACUAAGGGAUAAGUUAGAUUUUCCAACUUUAGAAAAUAUUUUAGGAGCAUGGUACGAUACAAAUCACAACAAUUUUAACAGCUCCAUGUAUCUAUCUCCUGCACGAAUACAUUACCAUCCUUUGUGGCAUUAUCCUGAGCAAGUAAAUCGAUCCCACCCUUUUUCGUUUACUUUUGACCUGGCAGUCUGGGCGGCUACGUAUAACGUGUAUGGAUGGUAUUUCAACUCGGCCAGCGCUAUCAUCUGCUUAAGAUCUACGUCGCAUUGGUUUGAACAACGCCCACCGACGCCACCUAGCUAUGAAAGUUAUAUAAUAGUAGGUUUUCAGUAUAUGUUUGCUUAUAAAAGGAUACCCACUCCUUGGCAUAAAUAUGGUACUUACACUCACAAGUAUGCAGCGCCUUGUCCUAAGAACGACUGGGGUUGGUUUGUAUGUGCGGCUGGGGAUUGGGCAAAAUAUGGUAUAGAGAGUGGGGCUGCAUGUCAUCGUACUUACCGAGGUCAUGCAUGGAUGUAUGACGGCUUACUUGGUUUGGGAGCGUUUUCAAUGAAACUACGUUCUGAAGAAAUCGUCCAUUACUUUACAGUUUUGGAUACUCACAUUGUUCUGGACUUUUUACAUGAUGCGUAUGAAUCUAAUAUACCAUAUAUAUGGUUGGACGAAAGAUUUGAAGACACCAAACACGCUGCCCCUCGUGUGAAAAGUGGCUAUUAUGUCAGUGUAACAUAUCAGACUGGGGAACAGUGGGAGUAUUAUCCAGACAAA